UGACAAUCAUAGCACACUCAAUUAUUUGAAAGAACUCUUCGCAGGCCUAUAACUCAUUGGAAGAUUGAAAAUACUUUUUUUUGGUCGUUCCCAUCAAAUAAGUCAGAAUAGUCCUGGCAACUUGUUUGACAUCUUCAAGGUCAUGAUGUUGGCACUUGUUAGUGUCGUUUUCGUGUCACUUCUAUCCGAUUCCGAAGCGGUGAGUGUUCCUGGAGUGACACCAAAUGAGUUUUCUAAGGGAGACACUAUUGAAGUCAGGGUAUGACACACUUUUUGCAUGGUAACGUUUUCAAGGCUGUGAAGUUGACCAGCUACGUAACUCAGCUUCCAUAUGAAUAUUAUAAAGUCCCAUUCUGUCGUCCAAAGCAACUUAUUGAGUAUCCACCAGAGAAUAUUGGUGAGAUACUUCGUGGUGAUCGUGUUGUUAAUACCCCGUUUGGAAUAAAAAUGGCAGAAAAUAGAGGCUGUUCCCAGGUCUGUCCUCUUGUCACUUUAAGUGCAAAGGAUGCCACAAAUCUGAAAUUGUUUAUUUUGAAUCAGUACUCGGUGCAUCUUUCUAUCGAUAAUCUACCUUGUGGAACUAAAAUUUCUUCUGAUGGUGGCAAAACGUUCCGCUAUGAACAUGGUUAUAGGCUAGGUUCUGUCGUUGAUGGAGUCGCUUAUAUUAACAAUCACCUGAAAUUUAUUCUACAGUAUCACGAGACCGAUAGUGGCUCUUACCGUUUUGUUGGUUUUGAAAUAGAACCUAUGAGUGUUUCUGAGAAAUAUCUGCAUUCAGAGAACGGUGUGUGCAAGGAUGUGAACUCAGAUUUACCGAUUUCGAACUGGAAGAGUAUUGAUGGGAAGGAAACUGUUAUUCAAUUCACUAGUGAAGUUGUUUGGGAGCCAUCAGACGUCAAAUGGGCCUCGCGUUGGGAUAUAUACUUAAAAACUGCAAGUGGCCAACUUCAUUGGUUCUCAAUCAUAAAUUCUGUGGUUAUUGUAUUGUUUCUCACCACGGUCAUUUUCAUGAUUCUUAUUCGAACUCUGAGAAAGGAUAUUGCGAAAUACAACCGUGACGAUGAUGUUGAAGAUAUUCUUGAAGAGUCAGGGUGGAAACUAGUGCACGGAGACGUAUUCCGUCCACCUCGACAUACACGUUUACUUACAGCAAUGUUCGGCUCCGGUGUGCAGUUGUUUUUCAUGGUCUUUAUCGUGAUAUUUUUUGCCAUGCUUGGAACCUUAUCACCAGCUUCUCGUGGAGCGCUAAUGAAUGCUGCGAUAUUCACUUACGUUUUUAUGGGUCUUUUUGCCGGAUAUUUUGCUGGGAGAUUAUAUAAAACGCUACGAGGAUUGUUCUGGAAGUCAACCGCUGUAGCUACUGGAUUACUCUUCCCCGGGAUUGUGCUUAUAUUCGGAUUGGUGCUGAAUACAUUCAUUUGGUAUAAGGGUUCAUCUGCUGCCGUUCCAUUUACCACACUAAUUGCAUUGCUGUCGUUAUGGUUGGGGAUUUCAUUACCUCUCAUAUACAUUGGAUUCUAUUUUGGUUACCGCAAACGUGGAUAUGAGCAGCCUAUCCGAACUAACCAGAUUCCUAGAGCUGUACCAGAUCAAAGAUUUUGUCAAAGUUUAUUGCUGACCACACUCUACUCUGGAGCUCUACCCUUCGGUGCAGUUUUUAUUGAAGUCUUCUUCAUAUACAAUGCUAUUUGGGAAAGUCAGUUCUACUAUUUAUUCGGAUUUUUGUUCGUUGUAUUCAUAAUAUUGAUCAUAUGUUGUGCUCAAGUGGCUAUCGUUUCGACGUACUUUCAGUUGUGCAAUGAGGACUAUCAUUGGUGGUGGCGUACCUUCAUAACAUCUGGUGGAGCUGCAGUUUAUCUGUUGGGAUAUUCCUUCUUCUACUUUGUGACCAAGCUUAAUAUUACAGAAUUUGUUCCAACAAUUAUAUACUUUGGCUAUAGUACACUAAUGGCAAUCGCAUUUUGGAUUCUCACAGGCACUAUUGGAUUUACAUCGACAUACAUAUUUCUGCGAUAUAUCUAUUCCGUUAUUAAAAUAGACUAAAAUAUCUGUGUGUUAACUAAGAUGCAUAAAUUUGUUGUGUUAAAUUAUUAUUAAUAUUAUUGAUAUUAACACUUGUAUUAUUGAUGCAACAAUCAUAAUAGUCCCUUAUUUCAUCAUUUUACUAUUUCACACUAAUUUAUAACAUUUUCAUUUUGGAAAUUAUUAUUCCUUCUGUCAAUUUUAUAUUGUAUCACAUUAAAUGGAUAUACAUAAUGUUCAGCAUAGUCAAUGCUUUGAUCUCAAUUUUUGUGUGUCAUCAGUGAAAUGCUGCAAGUAGUGGUCACUUCCGUUUUCAAUUUGAAAUAAGUAAAUCGGAUCUAGUUAUGAGGUUUGAGAACAUCUAGAGGAGAAGUUAUCUGUAUAUUUGAGAAAACUAUUACUACGAAACAAAGUAAAAACUGUAAGAAGUUUCAAUUUUAAAUAAAUGAAUACAUACCACAAUACUUUUAGAUAAAAAGGAAUUCAUUCAGCGAUAGCCCAUGUAAGCCACAAACAGUUAGUGCUAGUUCAGGUUAAUUAUUCAACUCAAGAAGAUAAAAUCGGUGAAAUACCUUUGACACAG